CAAGCACUGACAGAAAAAAAAAAGUGUUGAGAAAUAUUCCCCUGCAUAACUCAGCACAAAUAACUAGACAUGGAUUUGAGUGGUGGCGGUGACCACCCAAAACAGAGCCAUUUUUAGACGUUUACUGCUGACGUUUACAGAGGCUUCAAAUAGCUUCCGUUUUACUCUGGUAGUGAUUGGACUGUCCUGUACUUGAGUGAGCUAACAUACUGGUUGAACAAGUCCGACAUUCUUCACUUCAAUGGAGGAACAGCCCAAAGACCGGGCACAAGACAGGCAAUACCAUCACCACGGAGACGACAGGCACUCUUUUCAGCAGCCAACUUGUCUAAAAAAUGAUCAGAGCCACUUCCAGUGCCAGCAUCAGGAAACGCAGACGAAGAAAACAGGCAAUAAAAAAGUAAGCAUCAGUGACGAGGAGGGAGAGAAGAAUCCACAUCUGUCUAAUGCCGUUGGCAUGUCGCAUCCACCUAGCAUCAGUGCUAACAGACAUACAAUUAAUACAAAUGCAAAGCCCAAAUCCACGCAAAAGCUGUGCACGACUGUUCCAAAAAUAAGCAUCAAAGGACUGGACCAUAAGAAGAGUAUGGACUUAAAAAAUAACAAGGAGAAGGUGCAGGAUUUGAGUCACCAUGAGGGCCCGCCUUUGGAUAAGAAGGACUCCGUAUUACUUCAAAAUGGCGUCGUAAACUGUGGCUUAAUUACAAAUGGCUAUUCUAGCAAGGACAAUGACGGUAGUAGUUCGGAAGGUGGAUAUACUACUCCGAAGAAACGCAAGACCAGAUGUAACAAUACAAAGAACACUGAUAAUGUGAUAAGAGAAAAGGAGAGAGACAUGCAGCAGGGCCACACUACAGAGGAGCUGGGGGCUUUGAAUCUAGAGACAAAUGAGAAAGGAAUGACCUCCAGACUCGAUGGAUUUAGAGCCACCCAGAAAGUAGAAACUCAGUCGACAGCCAAACGGGCUGUUGUAUCAGAGGCUUCAGUGGGUGAAUCUCAGAGGAAAAACUCUGAUGGUAAAACGGUUGGCACCUUUGGUAAAAAAACUGAGGAAAGACACAAAGGCAAGCUUUCUUCACCUUCAAAAGAGGACUCGUGGACUUUGUUCAAGCCUCCGCCAGUAUUUCCUGUGGACAAUAGCAGUGCUAAAAUUGUUCCCAAGAUCAGUUAUGCAAGUAAAGUAAAAGAGAACCUCAACAAAGUAGCUCAAGGUGGAGGAGAGGCACUGCCUCCUCCUGUCAGACUGUCACAGGUCCCUAUGUCUGCUAUGAAAACGAUCACCUCAGCUAGUUUUACUAAUGGUCCUGUUUCUGGAAAUGGAAACGGUUGCCCGUCAGUGGGUACCUUCUUAGCUCCUGCUGCUAGUAGUAUUCCAUCAGCCCAGUCUAUCCUAAGUGGCGACAAUGUAGCAUCUCCUUUGGAAAGUAACUGUAGCUCCACAACUAGUCCUGUAGAUGGAGAGGCAUAUGAGCUUAGAAAGUGUACUCUUUUAAUUUACCCUUUAAAUAUGCAACCUGUACUCCCUAGCGCUCGUCACCUUGACCCACCGGCGGCUCAGACAAAUCAGAAAGCCCUGGGAGAUAUCUUCCAGAAUCAGUGGGGGCUUUCCUUCAUUAAUGAGCCCAACUUGGGCCCAGAAGGCGGAAAUGGGCCGGUGCCCGGAGAGGACAAAACUACUGUGGUCACAUCUAAUAGCGAGUGUCAAGCUGUUGCAGCCAAGAUUGCCCAGCCUUGCUUUGACAUUAGCCCAUCAUUGUUAGAGCCUGGGCCUUUGGUUCAAGACCCUGAGAAAAGGACUUGUACCCCUUGCAUUGUGUCCAAUGCUUGUCCUCCUGCUUAUGGGAUGAGUGAGGAGGAGAACAAGCUGCAGCCAUGUGGCAAGGAAAAGACACAAGGUGCAGGUACUGCUGUGUUGGCCCCCAGUAAAGACAACGGUGCUAAACCUGCGCAGGGUCAGCUAACCACUUUAUUAUUUGGCUCAUCUAAAGAACAGGUCCUCUCUAAAGACAUUAGCACGAGGUGUAGCUGGGGGUCCUUUGACGUUAAAGCUGCUGUCACUUAUCACACUAAAGAAAUGGAAUCCGUUUUCAACUUGCAAAAACAAGAUCCAAAAAGGGUAGUAAUUUACGGCGAGACCAAGGAUGGACCUGAUCAGUGAGGUAGAUGGCCUACAGUACUUACCUUCUUCUCUUCUGGGUGCUGCAGUUAUCUACCUUGGAAAUCACAAAUCCUGUCGGAUAGAAGUGACAACUGUGAAAACAUUUGAUAGUUUAGCAUGACAGAUUUUCCAUGGAAUCUCGGGUGGAAUAACGGACUUCUCUGGGGGCAUCAAAAUGAACACGCGCUCUGGAUGGACGUUAAAAAGGAGCUGAUUGGUGCCUCUGCAACAUUACGAAUGGACACUUUGGGCUGCGAUCGUUGUUUGUCUCAUGGCUCUUUAGGGAUAAUGUUUGGGAGUUCAUCAAAAGGAAGGUGUUCUGGACUGCACCUCCCUAAGCCUUUAUCCUGUUGACCUGUGGCAGCCGUCAGUCUGACUACAGCAUGCCUCGGUCAUGUUUUCUUUUACACAUUCACGAGUUUCAUUGUAGAUAUGUUAGACGUUAUACAUGCACAUCUGUGUGCAAGCUUGAAUUCAUCAUGAAUGAAAGGAGAAAACACUCUGCAAAGGAUUCUUUGGGGGGGGGGGGGGUCUAUGGGGUCCCACUUAACUCAAAGUUAAAUGGGAGCUUAUAGGUGAAGCCCCAUCCAGGAAGGGAGUCUUGUCUUAAAUCAGUAAGGGAAAAUUUAAUUGCCCACGUUUUCUUUUUGUGUCGUUUCGUCUAACCUAACAUGAGUGUUAUCUGCACUGCAGUAUGACCCCAGAGCACAGGUACAAAAGUGCCCAGUUUGAAGGAAAGCCACCCCCUUUAUUUCACUGUUUAUUUGGUGUGCUAAAGAGUCAAAAAUACGGUCUCCGUUAAAUUCAUCCUGAAGCUUUUCAUACAUUUCAGAUUAUUAGUAGGUUGUCACCGGCUGUUCUUAAACUGAGGUUCGUUAUAUGUUCUAUUAAAUGAACUGUGAGUUGGGGAAUAAGCUUGGUGACAAACUGUUAGGUAAAAUAAAAGAAGGAGAAAAAAGAGACAUUGCUUCCACAAAGGUCUUCUGCAUUUUGUGCUUUUUGUUCAGCAGUAAGAUUCAGGAUGUCAAUACAGAUUAUUUUGCCUGUAUUUCUGUUCAGUUCCUCUUGUCGAAGGAACCUGUUCUACAUUUUUACAAUGUACUUUUUUGUUUUGUUUCUUCUUUUGACUCAGAAUUUGGUCUUUACUUUUCUGCCUUGUACGGCAUCGUGUUUCUUGCAUGUUUACUGGUGGAAACGCACGAGUUGGAGGUCACUGUUCAUCGGCAUACAAAGAUAACAGUAACAGAACAAUUGCAAUACUAAUCUUAGUUCCCUAAGUAGACACUUUGUCAAACUGUUCAAAUGUGAAGAUUAGUUAAAUACUAUUAUGUUUUACUGUGGAUAACCUAUUACGUUUGCAAACCAGUGUGCAAUAACACCGUGUGGUCCAUACAUGUGUGUUGGGAGGGGUUGCGAGGGUUAUGUAGAGCUACAACGUCAUCAGCCAAGAUGCUCAGUGUGGCCCGCAGUGCAGUUCAAAAUGUUUAAGGGUGUUCAGUUUGUUGCACGACUUCUAAAUUCGAUGGUGGGAUAUGUGUAUAUUUUUAAAAUUAUUCUAAAGGCUCAUGUUGUAAGAUCUAACUAAGUCUAGGGAGCCCAAAUCUGCUAGCUGACCAGCUGUGACGUCAAUUUUUUUUAUUUUUUUUAUUUUUUAUUUUUUUUCACCAUCAGCAAAUCAAGAUCAGUUUACUCAACAAAGCAACUGUCCAGGUUUUUCUCUAGAAGCUCUGAUUUGGCUAAUGUGUGGAUUAUUAGCACUUUAUGUAAACUAAUUGCUUUUAUCUUAUGAUUAAUAGACGAAAUCUGUGUGUACUGACGAGAAAUCCUCCUUGAAAGAAUGGCUCUGGGCUGUUACUUUUCAGAAAAAAAAAAGCCGCUGAAUAUACAGAAUUAUUAAAUGUAACUCAGGUAGUGUUGAUAAAGCCAUGACUGUGUUUAAUAUUGUUUCUUGCCAAACGGCCCCCGUCACGCAAACGUUCUCAUUGGAAAGAUUGAAUUUAAGUCUGAUUUAUAUAAAGUAUCAUAUGUUGUGACAACACACCAAAAAUUUAAUACUUUGAGAAAAAAAUUGUCAUGGCGUGUGAGGUGCUGUCAUUAAUCGUUUUGGGAUCUAAAAUUGUUGUUUCUUUUCUUUUUAAGCACAGUGCUGCACGGGCUCUUUUCCAUGUAUCCUGGACUGUAACCUUGUAAUCUCUGCCGGUUCAUUUUCUCCCUUAUGUGUUCAUAGUGAAGCACCUCUUUGAUUUAUUAAUGCUGAACAUCAGCGGUGUUUCUACGGGGGUACACAUAUGAGCUUUCAAGUACACUUCUUUCCACUGUGUCCUGAUUAGGCGGCGGUGCAGCUCGUGCACGGAGAGGGGAAGUCAUAACAGCAGCCAUGUUUUUGUACAAGUUGUCUUGACAUUUAACUUCCAUGUCUAAUCGCAGUCGGCUCUCUGGUAUUUAAAAAGCUUUGUUUUGGCUUCCAUUGUACACUAUUUGAUGGAUGAGCGUAUCAGCAGACGCUGCCCUCUGAACGAGAACGCUCGUGUCAGACGUGGUCAAUGAGGAAGCGAGGGUAAUUGAGGAGGUAUAAGCGCUUAUAUUUUUGUUGUUCUGUGCUUGUGGAAAAUUGACACUUAAUCUGGCAUCAAGUUACAAGAAACACUGCAGUUUAAUUUCUUGCAAUAGCCCAUAAUCUAUUUGCGGGGGGGACGAGGGACACAAUCAGGUUACCGUAUGGUUAAUAUUCAGGCUGAAAGGAUUAUCAGUGCACAGCUAUAGGCUUCUAAAUGUAAAGCAGGGUGAUCAGAAUAACUAGUACGUGAUCUUACUGUAGUAUUAUGAUGAAAACACUAUUUUCUCAUGUGUGGGUGUUUGUUUGUUUGUUUGUUUGUUUGUUUGUUUGUUUUUUGUUUUGUGGUGUUGUUUUUUUGUGGGGGGGGGGUUUUGUGUUUGGUGGUUUUUUGUUUUUUUUUUUUGCUAGAGUAGUCCUGGUAGAGGGAAAUCAGAGAUUCUCCUUUGCUCCCACCCUGAGGCCCCUCUUUUUCAAGCACUUAAUACAGCGACAAGGCUAUAUUGAAUAUGCAUAUAUUGAGAGAGAAAUAAUUAUUCAGCAUUGUAGCCUGCAAACCAAAAACAGGUUCUUGAAGCAGAGUAGGUGGUUAAUCAGUGGUUUGUUUGUUGUUUUUUUGUUUUUUUUGGGUGGUGGUGGGAGUGAGUGACUGUUGGUGUGGUGAGAAAGAAAAGCCUGAUCAUGUGGAGUUUAAAUUUCCACCCCCUCAGGAUGUGCAAUCACCUCAAGGAUGCUUCCAGGUUGUGAGUGGCAAGUUUGUUUGUUUGGUGCGCGCAUAGCGAGUUCUUCCUAUUAUAUGCAAGUUCCUCUUAUAUUUCAAAAAAGUCCCUCGUUUCAUGUUCAGGUGCCUGUGUUAUAAAGAAAAACUUUUACAGCAAUUUUGAUUGUUUCAAAUCUGCUUCCAGUGUAUAUUUGUGCCAUUUUCUUUCUUUCUUUUGUUUUGUUGUUGUUGUUUUUGUUUGUUUUUUUGUUUGUUUGUUUUUUUGGAACAUUUGCAACGCUGUUCAAGUAUUUUUUCCGGCUAUUCCUAAUUGUUCUUCUUUUAAACAAUGUGGAUGCCACUGAAGGCGAGGAGCAUUUCAGGCGUCCUGUAGGUUGUGUUCACAGGUGCGACCUAAAGCCAAAUCUCACACGGGCACGGGGGACGGAUCUCUGCUCGCUGGUGUAUACUCCAGUCCGUUGUCAAGUUGAUGUCUGAACGUAGCACAUAAUUAAUUUGAAAUUAUUUAACAAGUUUAAUCUUUUAAUGUGUUUAAAAAAAAAAAAAAAAAA